AUGCUACAGAUGAAACUCUCACCCACCCUUUACCCCUAAAAAAAAAAAUGCCAUCCUAACCCCCCUAAGUUUCUCCCUCAUUUUCUCUUUCUCUCCCUCACAAAUGGAGAAUUCCCAUUUUUCUCCUCCUCUUUUUCUUCUUCUUCUUCUCUUUCUCCUCCAUGUCCUCUCCACAUAGUUUCUUCACCAACCUUGGCCUUGGCUACUCCAUAGCCAUAACCCUAGCUUUUCUCGUCCUCCUCGCCACUCUCAUCCUCUCUUUCUACCUUUGUUGCCGCAAAAACAACAAUCCCAACAACAAUCUCAACAACAACACUAACACUCUCAACUACACAGAGGGUGUCAUUGUACGAACUGACAUAUUCAUAGCUGAAAACGAUGAAGAAAACGCAGUGGUGGGUCUAGAAGACAACAUGAUAAAUUCGUAUCCGAGGUUUCAGUUCAGCAGAGACAGCGCAACUGUUUUAGGACAGAACACCACGUGUUCCAUUUGUUUGUGUGAGUACAAGGAUUCGGAGAUGCUGAGGAUGAUGCCUGAAUGUCGUCAUUACUUUCAUCUAUGUUGUCUUGAUUCAUGGUUGAAGCUUAAUGGCUCUUGUCCCGUUUGUCGAAACUCCCCGCUUCCGACGCCGCUUUCUACUCCGCUUCAAGAGGUUGUUCCGCUUUCGCAGUAUGCUGCUGAUCGGAGACGGAGGAGGUGAAUUUUCUUUUUCCUCGAUUAGGAUAAUUUGGAGUUUGAUUGCGAGAUAAAUAUAGUCUGUUGAGAAUUAUUUUAGUUAGAGAUCAAACUAGGGUAAUAUUUUAAUGAUUAGGUUUAAUAUGGGGAAGAAUGAUAUUUCUAUUUGGUUUUAUAUAUGCAAGAAUGGGAAGGAAAAAAAUUGUUAGUGUUAGGUGUUUAAUUAUAUGUAAUUUUUCAUAGGGAUGUGUUGAUUAGUAUUUCAUAUAUAAGAUCAAUUCAAUUCAAGUAAAUGUUGUUUUCUACUUUA